UCUAAAUUUUAGUGAAAAUGUUUUAUGCAAAAAAGUUAGUCCAUAAUGUUUCAGUACGCACAUUAUCAACAAUGGAGGGAAUUCUGACGGGCAAAAACUUGGAUGAACUGUAUAUGAAAUGGAUAAAGGAUCCAUUUUCGAUUCCCGCCAGGUGGGACGAAUAUUUCAGAAGAUUCUUGUAUUUCGAACAUCAAAGCAAAAGUGAAUAUGUCGACUUAUUCACCGAAUAUUUCGAUGAAUAUGUUGACGAAAUGUAUAACAAAUGGCUACAGGAUCCAAAGUCAGUCGAUCAUUCAUGGUCGACAUAUUUCAAUUUGGUUAGUGUUGAUUGUUCCGCUAAGAAUCCGUGCCUGUCAAUAGUAAACCCAUAUCGUAAUAUGGCCUCAUUUAAACACACUCAACAAGUGUCAGCAUCAAAAUCAAUUAAUCGACCUGAUAUUACUACAAAAAAUACAACUGGUCGAAAUCCCAUUGUAACUGCUGUUAUGAUGAGUUCAGUUCCUUCUCCAAAACACGAUGAAGCGUCUUUAAGCCCAGAAGAGAAAAGUCAACUGGAUGCGUAUCAAGUUUACAGAACUAUCCAAAAGUAUAGGGAUUGGGGUCAUUUCUUGUGUGAAUUAGAUCCGUUAAAACUUAAGAAUAAUUUCAAAUACAGAUUGUACAUCAGUGACAGAGCACCAAAGGAAGAUUUUCAUUCGAAAGAUUUACUUUCAAAGAAAUAUUUACUUCCUGAAAAUACAUACUUAGGCACAGAGAAAUCAUUAACUUUGGAAGAAAUUAUAAAACGUUGUAAGUCAGCAUAUUGUAAGAACAUAGGAGUGGAAUAUAAUCAUAUGGAUGUCAAAGAGGAAGUACAAUUUAUACGACAGAAAAUCGAAACUCCUGGUAUUAUCGAAAAAACCAUUACGAAAGAAGAAAAAUUAGACAUUUUAACUCGAUUGACACAUGCUCAUGGCAUGGAAGCAUUUUUGUCCAAAAAAUGGCAAGCCGAAAAAAGAUUUGGAUUAGAAGGUAAUGAUACUCUAAUACCCGUGCUCAAAGCUCUUAUUGAAAAAUCUGUUGACAAUGGUGUUGAAUACGUAAUCCUUGGAAUUUCUCACAGAGGUCGAUUGAAUUGUUUAGCAAAUGUUUGUCAUUGCAAGUUGAGUAAACUAUUAAUGCAAUUUAUGACUAAACCUAUUAAAGAAAAAGGCUCAGGCGAUGUAAAAUAUCACUUGGGUAUUAGCACAAUAGUAACUCACUCAAAAUCUGGAAAAAAGUAUACAGUAUCAAUGGUAGCAAAUCCAUCUCAUUUAGAGAUGGUAAAUCCAGUCGUGAUGGGUAAGACAAAAGCUGAACAAAUGUAUAAAAAUGAUCCCGAAGGGGAUAAGGUCAUGGCCAUAAUAAUGCAUGGAGAUGCAUCAUUUGCUGGAGAAGGUAUAGUGCAAGAAUCUCUAAACUUUAGUAGGUUGAAUUAUUACAAUCCCAAAGGGGUGAUUCACAUUAUAAUAAAUAAUCAAGUUGGAUUUACAACUAACCCCAAUCGUUCAAGGUCUGGAGUUUAUUCAUCAGAAAUUGCCAAAUUCAUAAAACCUCCAAUAUUUCAUGUCAACAAUGACUGUCCAGAGGACUGCGUGUAUGUAGGCUUAUUAUGUGCCGAAUAUCGCAAGAAGUUUAAGAAAGAUGCAGUAAUUGAUCUUAUCGGUUAUCGAUUAAAUGGACACAAUGAAGCCGACGAACCAAAAUUCACUCAACCACUUAUGUACCAUGUCGUAAAGAAACAUACCCCUGUGUUAUUUACGUAUUCCAAGAAACUGAUAGACGAGAAAAUAACAACUGAGGAGGCAGUUAAAAAGUUGCAGGAGGAUUAUGAUAAAAUGUGUGAAGAGGAGUACAAACAAGCUGAAGCGGAACCGGCGAUAUCUUUGGCAGAAUGGAAUGACAGUCCUUGGGAUAAAUACAUUGCAGAAGGAACAAUGAAAUCAGUUCCUACCGGAAUACCAGAAGAUGUUUUGAAACAUAUAGCUGAAGGUUUCUGUAAAGUGCCUGAUGGUUUUGAGGUACAUUCGGCUAUUAAAAGAAUAUUGAGAACCCGAACUGAUUUAACAAGUAAACGGCAAAUGGAUUGGGCUAUGGGUGAAGCCUUUGCUAUUGGUUCCUUGCUGAAAGAAGGUAUACCUGUCAGACUAACUGGGCAAGAUACUCAAAGAGGAACUUUUUCACACAGGCAUCACGUCUUGUUUCAUCAAACACAAGAAGGUGUUGUACACAUAGCUUUAAAAAAAAUGUUUCCUGGCCAAGCUGAAUAUACAGUUACCAAUAGUCCUAUUACAGAAAAUGCAGCAGUCGGCUUCGAAUUAGGUUUUUCUUUACCCAAUCCUAAUGCUUUGGUCAUAUGGGAAGCUCAGUUUGGAGAUUUUGCUAAUAUGGCACAGCCAAUGGUCGACACAUUUAUAACUGCCGCUGAACCAAAAUGGGCUAGACAAACGGGUUUGGUGAUGCUUUUACCCCAUGGGAUGGAAGGCCAAGGACCAGAACAUUCUAGUGCCAGAGUGGAAAGAUAUCUGGAACUAUGUGAUGAUGAUGAAGACGUUAUUCCAGAAGGUGGUCCGUUGAAACAUUUAGAAAAUUGUAACUGGAUUGUUGCCAAUUGUUCAACACCAGCAAAUUUGUGUCAUAUAUGGAGAAGGCAAAUAGCGUUGCCUUUUAGAAAAGCACUCAUUUUGUUUACACCAAAAAGUUUACUAAGGCACCCUUUGGCAAGAAGUUCUUGGGAUGACCUUCUUCCAGGUACAGAAUUCCAAAGACUUAUCCCGGAUUCGGGUCCAGCAUCAAAAAAUCCGGAAAAUGUAAAAAAGCUCAUCUUUUGCGUGGGAAAGGUUUACUAUGAAAUAUUCACAACUAGAGAAGAAAAAAAAUUAUCGGAACAAAUUGCUGUAUCCAGAAUCGAACAGAUUUCACCGUUUCCUUAUGACUUGUUUAAAUUAGAGUGUGAAAAAUAUCCAAAGGCUAAUAUCUUUUUCUGUCAAGAGGAACCUAAAAAUCAAGGUGCUUAUCAUUAUUUAAUACCCAGGAUGAGAACUGCUAUUGGCCAUUCAAGGAAUAUUGGAUAUAUUGGAAGGAUGCCAUCUGCGGCUCCAUCAUGUGGAAACAAAAUUAUAUACAAAAAAGAAAAUGAAAAAUUAAAGAACGACAUUUUGGCACUUUAAUUCUAAACCAUCUUAGUAUCACGGAUAAUGUGAGUGUGACAGUAAUAAAUUUAAAAUAUGUUUAAAUUGUGUUAAUAUCAAAAUAGAUGAGGACAAAAGUUGGAA